GUCUUCCACAAACAAAAAAAAAAAAACAACUAUAGACACAUUCUUGGAUAUAUCUCCCAUAAUUGCUCAAAGCUAAAGCUUCGUUUUUUGUGACCCAAAUUGCAUGGCUAGACACUUGAAUCCUUGCUCUUCUUCCUCUUAUUCUUCUUCUACCACCUUCACACCCUCUUCAUUCAAGAAUGGGACACAUCUAUCCAGUAGAUUCAUCAUAGUGCCAAGAAAACCACAUUCCUCCUCAUGGGUCUCUCUGAUUCAUCCAAGAAUCCGUGCCAGAAAUCACUUUCAGCUCAAAUCCUCAAAUGGGCAUCCACUCAAUGCUGUUUCUUUGCAAGAUGGUACAGCUGGAAGUCCUCUGGCCAAAAAACAUAUUGAGCCUCGAGGGAAAAAGGGAUCCCUUCCAUUCUCAGAACUGGACAACGUAGAAUCUCACCUCAGCAUAACCAUUGUUGGCGCUUCAGGAGACCUUGCCAAAAAGAAGAUAUUUCCAGCACUUUUUGCGCUCUAUUAUGAAGAUUGUUUACCCAAGAAUUUUAUCGUGUUUGGUUAUGCUCGGACUAAAAUGACCGAUGAGGAGCUGAGGAACAUGAUUAGCAGAACCUUGACUUGCAGAAUUGACAAGAGGGAAAAUUGUGAAGAUAAAAUGGAUCAUUUCUUGAAAAGAUGCUUUUACCAUUCUGGACUGUAUGAUUCUGAGGAGCAUUUCGUAGAAUUAAACAGCAAGCUGAAAGAGAGAGAGGCUGGAAAACUGUCAAAUAGGUUAUUUUACUUAUCAAUACCUCCAAAUAUAUUUGUUGAUGUCGCGAGAUGUGCUAGCCUUGGAGCUUCUUCAGAAAAUGGGUGGACAAGGGUUAUUGUUGAAAAGCCUUUUGGUCGUGACUCAAAGUCAUCUGGUGAGCUAACGAGAUGCUUGAAGCAGUACCUUGCUGAAGACCAAAUAUUCAGGAUUGACCAUUACUUGGGUAAGGAGCUUGUAGAGAAUCUCUCAGUGCUUCGGUUCGCAAACCUUAUUUUUGAGCCUCUGUGGUCGCGGAACUGCAUCCGCAAUGUGCAACUGAUAUUUUCUGAAGAUUUUGGUACAGAAGGCCGAGGGGGAUAUUUUGACAGCUAUGGAAUCAUACGAGAUAUAAUGCAAAAUCAUCUUCUGCAAAUACUAGCACUUUUCGCAAUGGAGUCUCCUGUCAGUUUAGAUGCGGAGGAUAUCAGGAAUGAAAAGGUAAAGGUCUUGAGGUCAAUGAGACCACUGCAGCUUGAAGAUGUGGUUGUUGGUCAAUAUAAAGGCCACAGCAAGGGUGGGAAAUCAUAUCCUGCUUAUACAGAUGACCCAACUGUGCCAAACGACAGUCUCACUCCAACCUUUGCAGCAGCAGCUCUCUUCAUUAAUAAUGCCAGAUGGGAUGGGGUUCCUUUCCUGAUGAAAGCUGGCAAGGCUAUCCAUACUAAGCGAGCAGAGAUCAGAGUUCAGUUUAGACAUGUCCCUGGAAACCUGUACAAGCGAAACUUUGGAACGGACUUAGAUAAGGCUACAAAUGAGCUUGUGCUUCGUGUACAACCUGAUGAAGCCAUUUAUUUGAAGAUCAACAACAAAGUUCCUGGUCUUGGAAUGAGACUUGAUCGCAGCGACCUAAAUUUGCUUUAUCGAGCAAGGUAUCCAAGAGAAAUACCGGAUGCAUAUGAGCGGCUACUCUUGGAUGCAAUAGAAGGGGAACGGAGGUUGUUCAUCAGAAGUGAUGAGCUUGAUGCUGCUUGGGCACUAUUCACGCCAUUGUUGAAUGAACUUGAAGAGAAGAAGAUUGUUCCAGAGCUCUACCCACAUGGUAGUAGAGGACCAGUUGGAGCACAUUAUCUCGCUGCAAAGCACAAUGUUCGAUGGGGAGAUCUCAGCGGUGAGGACUCAUGAGCGGCCAAGAGCUUCGAUGCUCACAGCCGACUCUUGUUUCUCUUCAGAAGUUGUUUCUUUUUUUAGUGCACGAUGCUUUUGUAUUACACGCAAUCUUAUGUAUUACGGUAAAAAUCAUCAUAUGCUUUGGAUAUAUUAUUAUUGGAUUUUGGAUUCAAUAAUGAUUUUCAUUCUCACAUCAGAAAGUGUGAGAGUGAGAGUAUGUAACAUUUCUCAUAAAAGUUAGUAAGAGCUUUCGUCU